ACAAAUGAAUUAAAAUCGAACGUAUAUAUCCAAAGCAGAAUUCCAUUAUUUAAAAUUAAAAAAGAAAUACCAAAUUCCCAAAGAUUUGUACGCAAGGAAUUGACCAAAGAAAGAGGUAUAUCUAACAGAACAUUAUAUAAAGGAAUGAAUAUUUCUACAGAGUUUGAAUACUUUUACAGGAACGUAUCAGAAGACAAGUUGGAAAAUCCUUUGCUACACAGACAUCAGUAUCGAGCAUUAUUGAACAAUGAAACGAAAUGUAAAGGAAAAGAUGUUUUAUUGUUGGUUUUUGUACAUAGUUCUGCAAACAAGUUUUUGGAACGCCAGCAGAUACGUUCAACAUAUGGAUCAAUUUCGGAUUAUGAAAAUGAACACAUUGAAUAUAUUUUUGUGCUCGGACAAACCCCAAAACCAGAAAUCCAACAGAAAAUAAAUGAGGAAAGUGAGAAAUAUAUGGAUAUCGUGCAAGGUAAUUUUGUAGAUUCCUACAGAAAUUUAACAUAUAAACUUGUCUUUAGUUUGUUUUGGGUCAACAACUUUUGCAGUAAUGCAAAUUUUGUAGUAAAAGUUGAUGACGACGUCAUUAUUAAUUUGCCAUUAUUAAUUCAACACCUUCGGCAAAAGACUAAAGACAAUUUGUUAACGGAUGUUUUAGAAUGUUGUAUGCAUAUCGAUACCAAACCUUUGAGACACAGUAACACUAAAUGGGACACAUCUUUAUUGGAGUAUCCUUUUCCAACAUAUCCGCCAUAUUGUAAUGGAAAUCCCUCCAUAAUGUCCAUCGAUGUCAUUAAAAAAAUGUAUGACACAACUAAGGAGGUACCUUUUCUGUGGUUAGAAGAUGUUUAUGGUGGUGGAUUUCUACCCUGGAUUUCAAACAUCGAAAUGCAUCAGCCAACUUGUUAUGGGAUAUAUGUGACGAAUGAGAAUAUGCAUGUAAACGCAUGUAAAUUAUUUUAUCUGUCUUAUGAGUGGAACAUUAUAUUUCAUAAAGAUAUAUGGGAACAAAUUUCAAAGCAAAUGAAUACAUCUUGUAAUUGUUAAAACAAACAGUCAAUAAAUGGUAUGAAAAAUAAUAUUUCGGUCAACAAAAAAUAAUAAAUGUUGUUAUAAACGGAUACGAAAUAUUUGACUAGACCUAAGUCAAACCAUAG